AUGCUUUCCUAUCCCAUCCAACUUGCCUUGCAGACCUUGUGUCUUGCCUCAGCCUUUCUUUGCGCACUGCUCUUUGCAGCUAUAUCCUCUCUUCCAGUCCCCUCUGUGUUAAGCAUGGGCACAUCUUCAUACCAAAUGAGAAUAAUCCACAAAGGUAAGCCAGCCGUUGAUCACAACAGCAUAAACAUAAAUACUAACAUUGACCAUAUUUCAGACGGUGAAGGUUGCUUGCAGUCUUUCUGUACUUCGUCGGAAGUAUUCUCUUCUGGUCCUUUACGUAGUGGUUCUCAUGGAGAGACUCUAGGUCCUAUGUCUUGUCCUGCUAUUUCUUCAGAGAUAAAAGGUGCCGGUGAUGUCGAAGGUCUUUCUCGUUCUACUUCCAUAAAUCAACAGAACAGCGUCUGCCAUUGGAUGAACUCAACAGUUCAUGAAGAUGACAAGCGUUCCCAUAUGGAUCGAGUGGCGUACAUUCCAGUACGUCAUGAGAACCAGGGAUCCAAACGCUUGGUCCGAACGAGACUCCCUUAUUAUGGGGAGGCUCUGGAGGAGCAGAUGUUUGAGGUGCCAGUCUCGAAGGCGAACCCUCUUGAGCCCAUUGGGUUAGCUCCAGAGCCAUCGAAAGGCGAUACCCAGGGCGAAUCCCAUAUCAGUGGCUAUGACGAAGUCUGUGUCGGUGCUCCUGCAACUGAGUGUUCCCUUGUUCUACCCUGUCCCUUUGAGCAAGGGACAUUCAAUAGACACAGACCAAGUCACCCACUGACUGACGAACUUCCUUCCUCUGGCCAGGAUAUGAUCCUUUCGGAGAUUUCUGAUCUGGCAUCCUUGUUUGAAUUCAUGUCAAUCAAGGAUGACAGUGAAGACCUAUCGGCCAGUCAGAAUCAAUUUGCGAGCGCUGCCCAACAAGUGGGUGCUGUUGGAGCAGAGAUGGCUUCGGCCAUGGAGUACUGCUGGCACAGCGAAGAUACUGCCUGGUUUGAGGAGAUUCCUCAGUGCCCUGCAUUGGUCGGGGGUUUCUUUGCCUUCGUACAAGAAGAACCCAUGGACUUAGUGUCCAUUUCUGAUGCUCAUUUGGAGCAGAUGAUGACUGAUGCAGAUGAAGAAGAUCUCGACUGCUCCAUGAGUACCAUCUCUGAGUCAGAGUCUUCUGAAAUGCCUGACGUCGAGUAUGACGGUGUCGUUGUUGCGGGCGUCUCCACAGCCUGCUGGUACAACAUUCAUGGUGAACUUGCGAUGGUUCCAGAGGACUUGUGUGGCGACAGUCCGAUGGACCUCGCCGUUGAGGUAGUUCCAGGGAUCGAGGGCAACCUUGAUCACUACCGAGACGAUUGCCUCAUGUACUGGGAUGAAAGCCUAGUCCCAAAAGGCUCUCCCAUCAUGAUGGCUACCAUGUUUCCUGAUUCUGGUGUGGCUGGCUCUUUCCCACUAAAUCAGGCAAACAUGACCAACAAAGGCGCGACUUGUGUCCCACAGCAAAUUGCAGAAGAUCUCGUGUGGAGCCCAGAGGAGGAACCAAGAGUACCAUCUUCCCCUCUUCUCCCCGGAUCUGAUUCUGGUGCUGACCUUCCUGGUCAAUCUGGCAUGUCCUUGCCAGAGGUUGAGGCACCAGAGCCUACCACAAUUCCUGGUGUUGUGGUGUGGCUGACUACCGCUCCCAAGAGUCCAGUAGAAGUCCUAGAAGAAGAAGGUGAAGAAGAUGAUGACGAUGAUGACGAAGAGGACUCGGAUGAGGGAUAUGAAGAUGACGACGAGGGCGUCACCCUGCAAGACUCGGCGUUGGCAGAUCUCCUUGCUGAGUUAGAAGAGAGUGACUUUGACGAUGAAGCAUGA